AUGAUAGUUUUAAACAUUGUCAAAUAUCUCAACGGAUCGUGGAGAAACAUUCCCCCAAACAGAUUAUUAGGAAAUGUUAUAUAUUUUAACCGAUCAAUAUCAACAAUGGAUCCUAAGAAAAUUGAGCAUUUUGCUAGUAUGAAAAACUUUUGGUGGGAUGAAAAUGGUCCUGUAAAAGGUCUCCAUACGUACAAUCUAUUUAAAUUACAGUUUGUAAAAGAUGGAUUAAUAAAUGCUAAAGUCCAAAUACAGAAUUCAGAUCUUCCAUUAAAAGAAAUCAAAAUUGUGGACAUUGGCUGCGGCGGAGGUAUAGUGACCGAGGGUUUAGCUAAAACAGGUGCACAAGUAACCGGAAUAGACGUAUGCGCAGAAUUAAUAGAUAUUGCUAAAGAACAUGUAAAAAUGGAUCCUCAUAUAUCAAAAAGAGUGAAUUAUAUUCACACAACCGUGGAAGAUUUUGUUCAAAAGAAAGAAGAUAGCACAUAUGAUGCUGUUAUAGUUUUCGACGUUUUGCAAUAUGUGACAAACCCACAACUAUUUUUAAAAGAAUGUGUGGAAAUUAUAAAACCUGGAAAGUCAAUUUUUAUAACGACGAUAAACAAAACUCUAACAUCUUGGCUAUCUAAUAUUCUGGCAGUCGAAUACAUUUUCAGAUGUAUACCUUGUGGUACUUUUGAAUGGUAUAAAUUUGUCGAGCCACAUAAAGUACAAAGUAUACUAAAGAACUAUGAUUGCGAAACGAUAUCAAUGUGUGGAAUAAAAUUUAAUCCAAUAACAAAACGAUGGUUUCGAUCAUCAAGUGUAUCUACUUUUUAUAUGCUUCAUGCAGUCAAACAAGAAAAAAUUGGCAUAUAG